CUGCUAUUUGGGAACUGUUGUAUGCAGACAGCAUGGUUCUCUCAUUUGUCAUUGUUCAGAAUCGUCAGGGGAAGACGCGGCUUGCGAAAUGGUAUGCGCCGUAUAGUGAUGAGGAAAAAGUCAAGCUAAAGGGCGAGGUCCAUCGACUGGUCGCCCCCCGAGAUCAAAAGUAUCAAUCGAACUUCGUCGAGUUCAAGCGCAGUACCAAAAUCGUUUACCGGAGAUAUGCGGGGUUGUUCUUCUGCGCGUGCGUCGACGCCACCGAUAACGAACUGGCCUACCUAGAGGCCAUCCAUUUCUUUGUCGAGGUGUUGGAUCAGUUCUUUGGCAACGUGUGUGAGCUGGAUUUGGUAUUUAAUUUCUACAAGGUAUACGCGAUUCUGGAUGAGGUAUUCCUGGCAGGCGAGAUUGAAGAGACCAGCAAGCAGGUGGUGUUGACGCGGUUGGAACACUUGGAUAAGUUGGAGUGAUUGGGUUCUUGGGAUUGGUCCCUGGAUGGAGAAGGGCAUGGCCCGGUGGAAUUGCAUACAUGGCCACGGAUAUGGUCAUCAUAGGAGUUAGGGAUUUGGGCGGAUCUUCAGAUCCGAGCGUGUAUAUAUUUAUUAUCGCUUCGUUGGUUGCCAUUUUGUCUCGGCUCGCGAUUGUUAAUACCCUUUGCAAGACAUCGUCCCCAAUCAGUCUCGAUUCGUUAGUAUGGAUUAAGAACCAUGCAAGGCGCUUAAUGAAUGUAUUUAUAGCCGUUCCAGGUCGUGCAGGGUC